AUGUCUUCACAGCUUUCACUCAAAGGUUCGACAAGGACAGUAACUGAGUUUUUCGAAUACAGCAUCAAUUCAAUACUCUAUCAACGAGCGGUGUAUCCAUCUGAGGAUUUUGUUGCGGUUAGGAAGUAUGACUUGAAUUUGUUGAAGACCCACGACGACGAACUCAAGACAUAUAUAAGACAGAUUCUCCAGCAAGUACAUCGGUGGCUACUAGGGGGAAAAUGUAAUAAAUUGGUUUUAUGUAUUGUGGACAAGCCAAGUUGCGAAAUAGUGGAACGAUGGGAGUUUGACGUUGAACACACCGCACAGGGCACCGAAGAAGGCGCUAAUGGAGACCAAGCGCAGCUGAAUUCCAACCAGGAUGAGACCCAGAAGCAAAUUCGCGCUUUAAUGCGGCAGAUCACUGCAAGCGUUACGUUUCUUCCAGAGCUCGACGACGGGGAAGAUAAUUAUACAUUUAAUGUUCUAGCGUACACGGACGCCAAUGCCAAAGUACCACUCGAAUGGGCAGAUUCUAGUCCUGCAGAAAUAGCAGACAGUGAAAAAGUUCAAUUCAGAAGCUUCUCUACCAAUGAUCAUCAAGUUCGCACGCAGGUUUGCUACCGGGUGCAACCCAGUUCCAAGUCGUGA